AUGAGAUGGGGUCAUAAAGCUAAUCCGGAUAGGUGGUUCAUAAACUUACAACCACAAUUCCAAGAAGUUGUAGACGCAAUGGAAGUGAAUGGUGAACCAGAUAUAGCUGGUAUUUUCAGCGCGGCUUUAAUGCCAUUGAAAGAUAUGAAAGAUGCAGAUAUUUUGGACCAGUAUGAAAUGAACAUGGCUGAUGGAAAUAUAACACCUGACGUUCUAAAACAUUUAUCUCAAAGAACUACACAGAACCAUAGAGAUGGUAUAUUUGGUGAAGAGUUUAGAAAGAGAGUUAGGGAGAGAGAAGGAAGAGAACCUAUUGUACAUGACCUUGCAAACGAAAGUUUACAAAAUGUCAUAAAAACUUACUUUGCAGACAAUGAACCGAGAAGGGAUGAAUAUUUAAGAAAACUCAAAUGGACAGUACCAAAUGAAAUGUUAGUAUUGAAAAACAUGUUCCUUGACAAAAUAAAACCAACUACAGAAAUAAAUGACGCAAGACUGAAACAUUGGGUAAAAGCUUUCCCAUUCACAAAAGAUAUUAUUGGUAACAUGGAAAGAAAACCAGAAUGGCUACAAAAACAUAUAUUUGGAAACGAGCUUAUUCCAUAUGGACAAGCUCUGUUUGAAGAGCUUGAACCGGAAACUCAGGAAAGAGUCAUGCAAACAAUAAGCGACGACUCAAAUACAAACUAUGACGAAAUCUUUCUAGGAUAUAGGUUACCUGAGAUGGGCGACCAGAGCCCAAAGGCAAAAAGGACAUGGGAAAUUUGCAACAUACUAGGUGAACAUGAUGCAAAGAUGCAACAAAACUCAGUCAGGAAGAAAGUAAAGCUUGGUCCGAAACAAUUAUGA